UGGGGGGUUGGUUACCAUUUCAUGGAAAGCUCUUCGCAAGUUCGAUCGCCAUCCAUGAUAGGUCUCCUUCCCCCCUUUGGUUACUCCUCCUGUCUAGGCUGCUCAUCUCGAAUUCCUUUCUCUCGGAACCAAGAGAUUGGAGUUUUCCCUGGGGCUCCAUGAGUUGUGGAUUAUUAAGAUGUGCUUCCCUUAACUUUGCCGAAGUUGCUCACUUCUUGUAAUGUGGAUCGGUAUGGUGUCUUCAACGGCAAAGGUCGAUUGUGGCAUUAAGUGCGUCGAGUCGUUGUUGGAAAUGGAAUGCCGUGAAUAUCACUCUUAGCCAAUGUAGCAAGACGGUGAUUCUAACUUGUGCGGAGUAGGUGCUCUUGCUCUCGGUUUCUUGUUAGGAUGAAGAACCAGUCGUCCGUAAGAGGGAGAGGGUCUGGUAGGGCGACUCCUCAACAGGUUGUCUUCGAGCUGAAGCAGAAGGUGGUUCUCGCCCUCAACAAGGUCGCCGACAGAGAUACGCAUCAAAUUGGAGUCGAGGAAUUGGAGAAGGCAGCUGAGAGCUUGAAUUCCGACACUAUAGCCCCGUUCCUCUCCUGCAUACUCGACACUGAUUCCGAACAGAAAUGUGCUAUCAGAAGGGAAUGUAUUCGGCUGAUAGGGACAUUGGUAAAAUCUCACGAGGGUCUCAUCGGCCCGUAUCUUGUUAAGAUGGUCUCUAGCCUUGUCAAACGGCUCAAGGACUCAGACUCGGGUGUGAGGGAUGCUUGUGUGCAGACGAUGGGCGUUUUGGCUUCGUCCUUAACUAACCACCCUGGCGAGAGAGGCCAGAUUUUUAUCACGUUGGUGAGGCCGCUUUUUGAAUCCUUGGGCGAGCAGAAUAAGCAGGUGCAGUCGGGUUCGGCAUUGUGUUUGGCAAGGGUCAUUGACUGUACCGGUGACCCUCCGGUAUCAAUUCUACAGCGCAUCUUGACUCGAACAGCGAAGUUACUCAGGAAUCCACAUUUCAUGGCCAAAGCAGCAGUCAUUGAGCUAAAUAGAAGUAUCAUUCAGGCAGGUGGUGCUGCAACGGCGAAUGGUUUGUCUGCUGCACUAACUAGUAUUCAAGAAGCAUUAAAAAGCAGCGAUUGGGCUACGCGUAAAGCUGCUUCUUUAGCAUUAGCAGAAAUUGCUUCGAGUGGUGGAUGUUACUUGGGAACUUUUAAGGCGUCCUGUGUACAGUCCCUCGAAGCAUGUCGUUUUGAUAAGGUUAAACCAGUGAGGGACACAGUUUUGCAAGCAUUACAUUGCUGGAAAAAUAUUCCUGGUCAGGAUCAUCCUGAACCAUCAGAGUGUGGAUCUUCUGUUAAAGGAAACAAUUACGGCGGUGACUUAAGUGAUUUGACUAGUGCAAGUGAAUCCGGGCGGGUGGCCAUCUUAAAAAGUGUGGGUCGAGAUUUAAUGAAGAAGAGGAUUGGGUUAAGCGCUAGAAAAGCAUGUCAAAAUUUUGUGGAGAAGCAAGAACAUCCAAAACCGGAGGAUUGGAAUGUAGAAAUUGCGGUUCCAAGAAACACAAAGAUGUCUGUCAAACAUUGUGAAGAACAUGAACCUGAAGGUAGUUUUGUUACCAAUGGAGCAGAGAGAAUAAGUGCCGACGUCACGAGCAUGCAAGAUGAUGUUUAUGAUUAUGGUAUCAUAGAUGACCAACAGGAGUGCUCCUCUGUUUCCAAUCUUGGUGCUGAUAGUUUCAAGACCAAGAUCAUGACUGUUUCUAAAGGCUAUAUUGAUGAGAGUUCUCAUGAUUUCCGUGGAACCAGUCAUCAGCAUGUCACCGAAGAAGUUAGCAGCGAGGGACACAUGUAUCCAUUUACAGUGCAGGAUCGCAGAAGUCUUGAUUCUACGGUGACAGAAUCCAGCUAUCCAGCCAUGUUUGGAUGUUGUCAGAAAGCAGCAAAUGAAAUGAUUUCCAUUCGCAAACAGCUUUUGGCGAUAGAGAAAAAACAGUCAAAUUUGUUGGAUAUGUUGCAGGUGUUCACCACCAGCACGAGUGAAAGCUUGUCUCUCAUAAAGUCAAAAGUGAUUGCUUUAGAGCUUGCUGUUGGAAGAAUAUCGCAGGACUAUAUUCAUGAGGAUGGAUAUGCUUCUAUGGGAGGCUCCAAAUGUAUGAGAAAAGAUGAAAGUAUUGAUUCCCCAAGACUUUCUCUAUGUACCCCCCGGACAUCAGUGGAUAUGCAACAAAAACGGCCUUCCAUUAUGACCCGGAGGAAGAGUGAAUUUGGGGAUAACAAUUCACUUGAUAGGAACUGGAGCAAAUCAGCAAAUUUAAAGCAAGAUGCGGAUGUGUGGAUGGCUUCCAGUACGAGGUCGUCCAGGAGUCAUUUGGGUAAGGAUUGUCAUAAAUUCUCAGUGCAGGGAGCACAAAGCAUCGUUAGUGUUCAAAGAAAAGGAGAUUCAGGUGCAAAUGCUAGACAUAAUGGUCCCACUAAGAAUAGUGUGUGGAAGCAUAUCAGGGAUUUUCUCCGUGAAGGUGACCUCGAAUCUGCAUAUGCUGAAGCUCUGAUAUUAGGUGAUGAGCAUGUUCUGAAUGAGCUUGUCAACGCAACUGGUCCUGUUCUGGAUAGUUUAUCACAGAAAACUGCUAGUGACCUUCUUUGUACUCUGGCUUCAUUCUUCAUGGAGCAAAGGUCUGUGGGCCCCAUUGUUCCAUGGUUGCAGCAGGUAGUGGAUUUGAGCACCAUCCAUGGGCCCACUUACUUCAUUCUCUCCAUGAAAGCAAAGGAAGAAGUCAUGUCUGCUACUCAUGAAGUUGUUAAAAUGGAGUUCUCUAGUAGUGCAGAAAGAAGAUCUGCUAAUCAAAUGGCUGUGAAAUUGCACCACUUAUUGGGAACGGGCAGCUGAUGUAUUUAGGUGGGAGGAAAAAGUGAAGCUGCCAAUUCGCCCUUGUAGUCGCUUGAGGCCAUUGUAGCAUAGAGAUUUGCAUGUCCAAAGUCAAUGGCACUCAUCGUGCGCAUUGUAGCUAUUUUGAUCACGAAUCAAAAAGUGAUUUUAAUUCAUGCUUGUUGCCCACUUCAAUUGAUUACGGGCCUUAUUGUACCUUAUUUCCAGUUUUGUCAAGUUUAUUUCAAGGAAUGUUCAAUCAUCCUAAUGCCCGCAA